CACGUUAGUAUUCUGUUGACGUGGCGUAGCUAAACAAGCGAACCCUAGUAGCCGGAGGAAGAAUGGAAAUGGCUUAGGUCGUCGACGGAACAGUGCUCAUGUUUUCAGUGAAAAAUGACUGGGAGAAACCAGCACAAUGGUUUCCAUUUGGCAACGACAGUUCAGCCUGCCAAUGGAGGACACACCUAUCUGUUUGGGAACAGCUCUGAGAAUGACCUUUCGGAGGAGGACGGCGAGAGCUAUGAGCUGCGUUCCCGAGGCCGGGACAGGCUGCGAAGGAGCACCUCCAGGGAGAGGCUGGAUGACAUUGUCCUCCUGGUCCGAGACAUCAAAGAAGGGGACACGUUGAAUGGCUUCUCCCUGCAGUACCACUGCUCAGUGGCAGAAAUCAAGAGGGCCAACAACCUGUUGACAGAGCAGGACUUCUUUGCUCUGAGAUCCAUCAAGAUCCCAGUGAAACGGUUUAGUGUGCUCACCGAGACCCAUAAUACAGCAACUCUCAAAUCCGCCGCCCCCACGGGCCCACGCCGCAUCCCCCAGCCUGCGACUCCUGCGGAGACCUCCUCAGACUCGUCCUCUUCGUCCACCUCCACAGACAGUGUUGGCAGCUUCCUGCAGGAGAAGGACAAGGACAUUGAGCUGCUAGUCAAGUCCACCGGCAGCUCCAGAAGCAGCCUGAACGAGGUGGUCUCCUCCCUGACUUUCCAGCAGCCCUUGCUGCUCGGCGAGCCGGACUUCAAGCCCGUCCCCAGGAAGGACCCUUAUCACGGGGCGGACUGGGGCAUGAGGUGGUGGACGGCGGUGGCCAUCAUGCUGGUGGUCGGCAUCGUCACGCCGGUCUUUUACCUUCUGUACUACGAGGUACUGAAGAAGGCGGACGACCCCACCACCACGCCGUUGGCCAAUCCCAAGGGCAUGCUGCACGCCGCGAUGCCCGGCCCGGCUACUGUCAACGGAGGCAUCCACCGGAGACCUCAGGCUGAAGUCGUACCUGAACCGGACUCACAGGGACACGGUGGGGUGGGUGACCAGCCGAACCCCAAGAAAGAGAAAACGUAGCGAGGCAGAUAUUUCCCGAGCAGUUACAUUAUGGACCGGGUACUUCGAUACAGGCCCUCUGAGAAUCACUUUAUAAGAAAUGGAAUCCUGUGGGAAACUGAGGACAAUCUGUUGAAAUCUUUCAGUGGAUGUACAUUUGACAAUGUAUGUUGUUGUUUUGUUUUUUUUAACAGGUUUAUUUACACAGUGAGACCCAACUGCUUAAAAUGUCCCUUCUGGGAGCUGAUGGGACAUUUCAUUGCGACACCUUAAGCUGCCACUUAUCACAACAGUAAUUUAUUUGAUGAUUAUUAGUCAUAAUUUCUAUCAGUAUUGAAGUUAGUCUAAAAUGUGUUGCAAAUUUCCUUGAACUUUGCUCAAAUAUGUUUUUGCCUGUAUUGGGAGGACUGCAUUUUGACUAUGAAACCUCUUUCAACUAGGCCAUGUGUUGACAAAAUAGGAAAGGCACAAUUGUCACCAACACUAUUUAGGUAUAUUACAGUGAAAUGUUAUUGUAGUUUUCUUUCUCACGUCUAUUUCAUGUUUUAAAUAAAUGUUAUGAACAGUAUGUGCCUUCAACCUGUCAACAUUUUACAGGCUGAAAAUAAAGUAUAUUUUCAAUAAAUUAUUGAUGCUCGGACUUUA